AUGAAGCGUUCGCCGAUCAGUUGGUCACUUCUGUGGAUGGGCUACACAUGCAUUUUCCUGCUGGCCGAUAGCCCAGCCCCUGUGGAAUCCCAUCACAUUUUGGGUCUCUUUGUCAAUGUGCACCGGUCGCAGUUAAUGGUCCAUUUGGCGGUAUGUCGCGCUCUUUUGCAGAGGGGUCACCACUUAACCCUAGUCACCACAUUGCCGCUGGAGGAGCAGGAAAUUCAGGGAAAUGUGUCACACAUUUACAUUCCCUGGCAGCAGCCAAAAGAGGAAGUAUCCUCCUCGGACCUCAUUCUGCGCCUGGAACGGAUGUUUAGGCGUUUGGAGCAUUCUGGAGAUCUGCUUGAUCUGCCGGAGUGGAAGAUGUUUCUCAGAAAUCAACCUAAUACUCCCUAUGAUCUCCUCCUCUUGGGCUAUCAUUUCAACGAUCAUCUGCUGGGAGUUGCUGCGCAUUUCAAUUGUCCAGUGGCCAUAGUUUCCACCCAACAGCCAACUGGAUUUGUCAACAGCCUUAUGGGUAAUCCCGAGGAGCGUUGGUAUGUCCCACAGCCGUAUGAUGGCCAACAGCGAAGUGGAAUCUCGGCCUGGGUCUUUGGAAUGUGGGAGAAGUUCAUGGAGAUUUUGGCGAGGAGAGUGCUGGCAAGGAUCUACCGUUUGCACUUUCCCGAACCGCAAUAUCCCAGUUUUGAAACCAUGCGACGGUCGGUGGUUCUGGCUUUAAGUAAUCAUCACAUGAUCAGCGAGGGUCCCAUAGCUCCACUUAUUCCCAGUAUGGUGGAUAUAGGAGGUAUAGUCCUAGAGCAACAGCUUGAUAAGACUCCUCUGGAAAUAUCAGCCGGCAAUCGAUCUCUCAUCAUCUUCAGUUUGGGCACUCGUUUCACUUGGCGGAAGUCCACUAAAGAACUGGUGCGGACUUUCACAAAAGCUUUUGCUCAGUUUCCGGACUAUGACAUUUACUGGACCUACGAUGGUCCAAAUGGUAGUGCCAUCAGCUUGGAUUACCCUCACCUUAAAGUCGCCAAGUGGUGGCCCCAAACGCAGAUGUGGCAAAGUGGCAAGGUUCGAUUGUUCAUCACUCAUGGAGGCAAAGGCAGUGUCUCAGAAGCUCUUUUUUACGGAGUGCCCAUGCUGGGACUACCCUUAAUUGGCGAUCAACGAGAUAAUCUUCAGAGAAUGCAGUCGAAAAACUGGGGUUUGACCUUAUCCACCAACAAUCUGACGCAUUGGAAACUAGCGAAGGCCAUAACUAGAAUGCUUAGCGAUUCGAGUUAUGGUGAAACUAUAUUGAAAGCUUCUCAAUUGUAUCGCGAUCGUCCAGUGAGUCCCAGCGAUUUGGUGACCUAUUGGAUCGAGUAUAUCGUUCGGCAUAAAGGAGCUAAAAAUUUGCACAAUCCCGCCAGGCAACUCAAUAUAAUCGAAUAUCAUUCCAUCGAUGUUUAUUUUAUAGUUUAUGGGCUCUUAAUCCUAACGAUUGCCAUACUCAGAAAAGUGAAUAGCUUGCUGUGACUAG